GUUUUUCACCUACACACGCUACUCAUUCUCAAUCACAGCAUGAAUCACCUACCCCUAUUUCCUUAUUUUAAGCCCUUCGUGUUUGGACAUCAUAGAAAAUGGAAAUUCAGAUGGAUAAAGCUAAACGUAUCCACGAAUUGGGGCUCCAAGAACUGCUGAACACUGGAUUAUCAGUACAUGAUGCGAAAUCGCUGCAAAUCGAGCUCAAAGAAGCCAUUGAUCACACCACUAGCUCCAGCCCAGUUGAGUUAUGGCGCGACAUUACUUCUCGAAGGUUGCUCAAACCAUCUUUCCCUCAUUCUCUGCAUCGUCUCAUCUACAACGCCGUUUAUGCUGAUUACGAUGCCUCCAUCCAUGGCCCUCCUCUGUAUUGGUUCCCUUCCGAUGUUGAUGCUAAACGGACGAACUUGGGGCGACUUAUGGAAACUCAUGGCUCAAAGCUUCUAGGAGCAGCUUACAAGGAUCCUAUCUCAAGCUUUAAACAAUUUCAGAAAUUCUCCGUUCAUCAUCCCGAGGCAUACUGGUCGAUUGUUUUGGAAGAGCUUUCAAUACGAUUUCAUCAACCUCCAAAGUGUAUAUUGGAUACCUCUAACAAAUCAAAACAUAGCGGCUCAUGGUUUCCUGAUUCAGUUUUGAACAUCGCCGAAUGUUGCUUAAAAUCAACUACCAAACAAGAUGACGAGAACGAAAAGGUUGCAAUCGUAUGGAGGGAUGAACGAUUUGAUAAUUUUGAAGUAAACAAGAUGACACUGAACGAACUGCGACACCAAGUAAUGUUGGUUGCAAAUUCAUUAAAGGGGUUGUUUUCAAUUGGGGAUCCGAUUGCAAUUGACAUGCCAAUGACAGUAACUGCAGUUGUUUUAUACUUGGCAAUCAUAUACUCUGGAUUUGUGGUUGUAUCCAUAGCUGAUAGCUUUGCAUCAAAGGAAAUUGCAACAAGAUUACGCGUCUCUAAAUCAAAGGCUAUCUUUACUCAGGAUUACAUUGUUAGAGGUGGUCGAAGAUUUCCUUUGUACAGCCGUGUUGUUGAAGCCACUGAAUGUAGAGUGAUUGUGAUUCCUGCAAUUGGAGAGAAUCUUGACAUUCAACUAAGAAAACAAGAUAUUUCAUGGCAGGAUUUUCUUUCAAUUGCAAGACACCUUCCAAGCCCGGAUUAUUGCCCUCCAGUCUAUCAGUCAAUAGACACAAUGACAAACAUACUCUUCUCUUCAGGAACAACAGGAGAUCCAAAAGCUAUACCAUGGACUCAAAUUGCUCCCAUUCGAUGUGCUGGUGAUUCGUGGGCCCACAUGAACAUUCAGCCUGGAGAUGUGUUUUGUUGGCCCACAAAUUUGGGAUGGGUGAUGGGGCCCAUUUUACUCUAUUCAUCUUUCCUAUGUGGCGCUACACUAGCUCUUUAUCAUGGCUCCCCACUUGGUCAUGGUUUUGGAAAAUUUAUUCAGGAUGCAGGAGUGACAACUUUGGGCACAGUUCCAAGCAUAGUCAAGACAUGGAAAAGUACAAGAUGUAUGGAAGGUUUAGAUUGGACAAAUAUCAAGUUAUUUGCAUCUACAGGUGAAGCCUCAAAUGUUGAUGAUGAUCUUUGGCUUUCUUCAAGGGCUUAUUACAAACCUAUCAUUGAAUGUUGUGGAGGCACUGAGCUUGCUUCUUCUUACAUUCAAGGGAAUCUUCUUCAGCCACAAGCCUUUGGAGCUUUUAGCUCUGCUUCAAUGACAACUGGCUUUCUCAUUCUUGAUGAACAUGGAGUUCCCUAUCCAGAUGAUGAAGCAUGUGUUGGUGAAGUUGGGUUGUUUUCUCUUUACAUGGGAGCAACAGAUAGACUACUUAAUGCAGAUAAUGAAGAGAUUUACUUCAAAGGAAUGCCAAUUUACAAUGGAAUGAAACUGAGGAGACAUGGAGACAUAAUCAAGAGAACAAUCGGAGGCUAUUUUGUUGUACAAGGGAGGGCUGAUGAUACCAUGAAUCUUGGUGGCAUAAAGACAAGUUCAAUUGAAAUCGAACGUGUUUGUGACAAUGCUGAUGUCAGCAUCAUGGAAACGGCUGCAGUCAGUGCUUCACCCGCAAUUGGUGGUCCAGAACUUUUGGCUGUAUUUGUGGUACUAAAAAAGGGGUUCACUGCUGAACCCGAGAAUCUAAAGAUGAUAUUCUCAAAGGCUAUCCAAAGAAACCUUAAUCCCUUGUUUAAGGUGAGUUUUGUUAAGAUUGUUCCGGAGUUUCCUCGGACAGCAUCUAAUAAGUUGCUAAGAAGAGUUUUAAGGGAUCAAUUGAAAGAGGAGCUUCGCAUUCGGAGUAGAAUAUAAUCAUGUUGUGAAAUGUGAACUAAAUUACAGUAAUGGUCCUUGGGCUUAGUGAAAAGUUAUGGAUUCAGUCCAAUAAGUUUGUACUUUUGCAUUGACGGUUCUUAAAUAAGUGUAGUGC